CAGCCUUGUACCACUCAGCGUAAGUUUAAUACUUUCCGUAAAACGUAAGACCGUUGUGCCUGAUCCGUUUGGGAGGUGUUGAACAGUGCUUAGUCCGUUCAUUCAGGCUCUUAACGAGUGAAGAGAACCGGACCCUCCCUUUUGUCACAUUGACUGCAGUCGUUGGUUGAGAAGCACAGCCAUGAGCGCGCCGGCAGGACAGCGAAAGACGCCCAAUGAGUUCCUGAAGCAGGUCAUCGGCCGACCAGUGGUCGUCAAACUCAACAACGGCAUCGACUACCGAGGCGUGCUGGCCUGCCUGGACGGCUACAUGAACAUCGCCCUCGAACAGACCGAGGAGUACAACAACGGCCAGCUCAAGAACAAGUACGGCGACGCCUUCAUCCGCGGCAACAACGUGCUCUACAUCAGCACGCAGAAGCGACGCUGAGCUCCGCGGCUACCCUCAUCCCCCCAUCAUGGACACGCAACUGGCGGAGCGCGACGACGGCGUGGCUCCAGACGCGCCGACAUCCGCCGCGUGGCGCGGUGUUCGCUCUCGGGCGCAUCCU